UCUUCGCUCCCCAUCCCUUCCCAGUUUCUGCAGAGCCCCACCGCCUUCGACCUCGCGACUUCUGGCGAAGCAGCGUCUCUCUCUGUCUAUCUAUGUCAGCUCACUCCGAUCCUCGCCAUCGAGCUAUCGAUUCAAUCGGAGACGGUCACGGCCCGGCGAGCCACGGGCUCGAUUGAGCUGAAUAAGAGGAAGGUGAGAGGGAGAGGAGGACUAGAGGAUGUUGGAGGACCAGGUCGCGAACCUCUUGCAGAGGUACUUGGGGAAUUACGUGAGAGGGCUCAACAAGGAGGCUCUCAAGAUCAGUGUCUGGAAAGGUGAUGUGGAGCUAACAAACAUGCAGCUGAAGCCGGAGGCACUCAAUGCCUUAAAGUUGCCUGUGAGGGUGAAGGCAGGAUUUCUUGGUUCCGUAAAACUUAAGGUUCCUUGGAGCAGGCUUGGCCAAGAGCCAGUAUUGGUUUCCCUGGAUCGCAUUUUUUUAUUGGCUGAACCAUCAACUGGUGUUGAAGGUUGUAGUGAGGAUUCCAUUCAAGAAGCUAAGAAAAGCAGAGUGAGGGAAAUGGAGAUGAGGCUAUUGGAAAGGGCCCAACAACUGAAAUCAGAAGUGAACCAAUCCUGGCUGGGCUCGUUGAUAAACACAAUAAUUGGGAACUUGAAGCUUUCUAUAUCUAAUAUACAUAUCAGAUAUGAAGAUCUGGAAAGCAAUCCCGGCCACCCAUUUGCAAUGGGCUUAACCUUGGAGAAGCUGAUAACUGUGACUGUUGACGAUAAUGGAAAGGAGACGUUUGUUACUGGGGGUUCACUGGAGCGCAUUCAAAAGUCGGUCGAGCUUGAGCAAAUAGCGCUUUAUCUGGAUUCUGGUAUUUCUCCCUGGCAGUUGGACAAACCGUGGGAGAAUUUGCUUCCUGCAGAGUGGGUCCAGGUUUUCAGAUUUGGCACUGACAAGGGGAUGCCAGCCAACAAUCUCACAAAGAAGCACACGUAUAUCCUGCAACCUGUAACUGGAAAUGCAAAAUAUGUAAAAUCACGGCCAAAUGAACAUAAUGACCAGCAACCUUCGCAGAAAGCAGCAGUGAACUUGGACGAUGUCACUUUGUGUCUUUCAAAGGAUGGAUACAGCGAUAUGCUAAAAUUAGCCGACAAUUUUGCUGCCUUCAACCAACGGCUGAAAUAUGCCCAUUUUCGUCCACCUGUUCCUAUAAAAUCUAAUCCAAGUUCUUGGUGGAAGUAUGCUUACAGAGCAGUUUCUGACCAGUUGAAAAAGGCCAGUGGCAAAUUGUCAUGGGAGCAGGUUCUGAAGUAUGCAAAAUUAAGAAAAAAGUAUAUCUCUCUUUAUGCUCAGUUACUAAAAUCUGAUCCAGGUCGAGCAAUAGCUGAUGACAAUAAGGAAAUUGAAGAGUUAGAUCGUGAACUUGACAUUGAAGUGAUUCUUCAAUGGAGGAUGUUAGCGCAUAAAUUUGUAGAGCGGUCGGUUGAAACGGAUCUUAACUUGAGGAAGCAGAAGGAAAAGAAAUCAUGGUGGUCAAUCGGAUGGAGCAGGUCAUCUCUUAAGGAUGAAAGUGAAGCAUUUCAUUUUAGUGAGGAAGACUGGGAUCAAUUAAAUAGGAUCAUAGGGUAUAGGGAAGAAGAUGCUGGCCAGUCUGUGAUCAUCGAUGAAAAGAAAGAUUCCCUUCACACUCUUGUGGAAAUUCAUAUGAAGCAUAAUGCAUCAAAGCUUAUUGAUGAAUCAUUGGAGAGCCUUGCUGCUUUGUCUUGUGAAAACCUUAAUUGCUCGAUCAAACUUUAUCCAGAGACUAAAAUAUUUGAUAUAAAACUAGGCUCAUACCAAUUAUCAUCACCAAAUGGUCUACUGGCUGAAAGUGCAACUUCUAGUGACUCUUUAGUUGGUAUUUUCUGUUAUAAGCCCUUUGAUGCUAAAGUGGACUGGAGCAUGGUUGCCAAAGCUUCUCCCUGUUAUGUAACUUACCUGAAGGAUUCUAUCGAGCAAGUUGUUAAAUUUUUUGAGAACAGUUCUGGCGUCAGUCAGAAGAUAGCUCUGGAAACUGCAGCAGCUGUGCAGAUGACAAUUGAUGAAGUGAAGCGAACUGCCCAGCAGCAAAUGAAUAGAGCACUCAAGGAUCAUUCAAGGUUCUUGCUGGACUUGGAUAUUGCUGCUCCUAAGAUCACAAUCCCUACCGAUUUCAGGCCAGAUGACAUUCAUCCAACAAAGCUUCUUCUUGAUCUGGGGAACUUAAUUAUUCGUACAGGGGAUGAUAACACCCAGGAGUCAACCGAAGAGACACUUAUGUAUUUGCAGUUUAAAUUGGUGCUAAGUGAUGUAUCAGCUUUUCUUGUUGAUGGCGACUACUUUUGGAGCCAAACCACAUAUGGAUCGGCAGGACCUACUUACUUAGGUGGCAACACUUUCUUGCCAAUCAUCGAUAGAUGUGGUGUAAUCUUGGCACUGGAACAGAAUCGUUUAGAGGAUCCAUCCUAUCCUUCAACAAGAAUUGCUGUGCGGUUGCCAUCGCUGGGGUUUCAUUUUUCUCCAGCUCGAUAUCAUCGAUUGAUGCAGGUUUUAAAGAUCUUUCAGGGCGAAGAUAGUGAUGGUUCAGAUUCAAUUCGCCCCUGGAGCCAAGCUGAUUUGGAAGGAUGGCUCUCUCUCCUUGUGCGGAAGGGUAUGGGAAAUAGAGAAGCUGUUUGGCAAAGAAGGUACCUCUGCUUGGUUGGGCCUUUUCUAUAUGUCCUUGACAGUCCCGGCUCUAGAUCUUACAAGCAAUACAUCAGCUUGCGAGGAAAACAAGUAUUCCAAGUUCCUGCAGAAUUUGUUGGUGGUGUGGACCAUGUGCUGGCUGUUUCUGAAGCUGCACGGUCUAAUAGCAAGGUCGUGGAAGAUGCAAAUGCUUUAAUCAUGAGAUGCGAUACUGAUGAGUUGAGGAAACUCUGGCAAAGAAGAUUGCAAGGGGCUAUUUAUCGUGCUUCGGGGUCUGCACCAAUUGUUGGUCUGUCUGAAAGUUCAUCAGAGCAUGAGGACUCUGAGAAAGGAGAUUACAACAGCCAAGAUACGGGUGUGGAGAAAGUGUUCAUUACUGGUAUCCUAGAUGAACUAAAAAUCUGCUUCUAUUAUAACCAGCAGCGUGUACAGGGCUUUAUGAGAGUGCUAGUUGCAGAGGAAAAUUGUCUAUUUGAAUUUCGAGCUAUUGGUGGGCAGGUCGAGCUGUCAGUUAGAACGAGUGAAAUGUUAAUUGGUACUGUCUUGAGAUCAUUGGAAAUUGAGGACUUAGUCUCUAGUAAUGGCAUCUCCAAGCGUCGUUAUCUAGCAAGAUCUUUCAUUGGAAGUGCUGAUGCCUUUUCUUCCUUUGACGAUGUUAAGAGUCAGAGCUUCAAUUGCGAUGACAGAGCAGCAAGUGAAGGAGAUGAUAAGUUUUAUGAGGCAUCGGAGACUUUGGCUGAUCCUGUUGAUUCACCUAUGCAGUCAUCUAUGAGUGUAUCUGACAACCGGAGAGCAGAUCUUGCAUCAACUUCUCAAACCUUGUCCUCGAAACCUCCAAGUUUCAUUCGCACUCCUGGUCUUCUCCCUUAUGACACCCAUGAGACUAAGGGGGGAGAUUCUGAAUUAAAGGAUACACUUAAUAGUUUUGUCAAAGCCCAAAUCACAGUCCUUGAUCACAACUCUGCUUUGUAUAAUAACAUUGAUAAGCAGGUCACAGUGACUCUUGCGACCCUGUCUUUUUUCUGUCGAAGGCCAACCAUUCUUGCUAUCAUGGAAUUUGUUAAUGCGAUUAACACUGAGGAUGAGAAAUGUGAAUCUUUCAGCGAGAGUUCUUCGGUAGCUAUAAUCAAGCAUGAUACUCAUCGAGAGGAUGUGGGAAAUGAUCACCACUCAGAGGCAGUCGAGGAGUCUGUUGUCAAAGGCCUAUUAGGAAAGGGGAAGUCAAGGAUCAUUUUUAGUUUGACAUUGAAGAUGACUCGCGCUCACAUUAUUUUGAUGAACGAAAAAGAGGCUAAGUUUGCUACUUUAUUGCAAGAUAAUUUACUUGCGGACAUUAAGGUGUUCCCUUCCUCCUUCCGCAUAAAGGCAGCUCUGGGGAACUUACGGAUCAGUGAUGACAGUCUCCCCAGCAACCAUAUGUAUUUCUGGAUUUGUGAUAUGAGAAAUCCUGGAGGCAGUUCAUUUGUCGAUUUGCUUUUUAGUUCGUUCAGUGCUGAUGAUGAAGACUAUGGAGGUUAUGAUUAUGCCCUUGUGGGAGAGCUCUCAGAAGUUCGUGUAGUGUAUCUUAAUCGCUUUAUCCAAGAGAUUGUUAGUUAUUUUACGGGUCUUGCUCCGGGCAAUUCAAAGAAUGUUAUUAAGGUAAAGGAUCAGGUAACAGAUGCUGAGAAGUGGUUUACAACAAGUGAAAUUGAGGGGUCACCGGCUGUGAAGUUGGAUCUUUCCCUUAGAAAACCUAUAAUAUGGAUGCCUCGGCAAACAGAUAGCAUUGAUUAUUUGAAGCUGGACAUCGUCCAAAUUACUGUCCAGAACAGUUUCCAGUGGCUUUUUGGCGGUAAAAGGGAGAUAAGUGCUGUCCAUCUGGACAUAUUGACAAUUUUGAUUGAGGACAUCAACUUGAAUGUCGGUGUUGGUACUAAGUUGGGGGAAUCCAUAAUUCAAGAGGUUAAGGGGGUUUCUGUUGUCAUCGGGAGGUCACUUCGAGACCUAUUGCAUCGAGUUCCUGGUUCUGAAGUCACCAUCAAGAUUGAGGAAAUCACGGCUGCUUUAUCAAAUAGGGAGUACCAGAUAAUCACCGAAUGUGCACAGGCUAAUUUUUCUGAAACACCUAAUCUUGCGCCUUCUCUGAUUGAUUCUGAAAUAUCUUCAUCUGAGGCAGAUGCUCUUGUACCUCAAGUCUCAGAUGUUGAAUAUGCUACCCAGGAUGGUGAAUCCUGGAUAACGACUAAAGUUUCUGUGGCUAUUGAUUUGGUUGUAUUGUGCCUACGAACUGGGAUUGGGGGAGACACAUCCCUGGCCACUGUCGGAGUCAAUGGUAUGUGGCUUUUAUACAAAUCUAACAAAGCAGGAGAUGGCUUCCUGUCAGCAUCACUUGAUGGUUUCACUGUGAUAGAUGAUCGUGUUGGUACUGAAGAGGGUUUAAGGUUGGCAAUAGGAAAGCCAGAGGACGUCAGAAAUAGUCCAAUAAAUGCAGCAAUUGAUUAUAAGCAUUGGAGCAGAGAUUACAUUGAUGCCACGAAUGACAAUGAUGUCAAAAUAGUUCCUACAAUGCUGAUUCUUGAUGCAAAAUUUAGUCAGUCAUCGUCGUUUAUGUCCCUUUGUGUUCAGAGACCACAACUGCUUGUUGCCCUUGAUUUUUUGCUUGCCGUGGUUGAAUUCUUCCUUCCAUCCAUCGGUGAUGUCUUGUCUUAUGGAGACCAUGAAAAAUCACUAGCGUUGAACAUAGUUGAUGCAGUUACUCUGGAUCAGUCGGUGUACAGGCAGACCUCUACUGAAAUGGCACUCUCCCCCCAAAGACCUUUAAUUGUUGAUGAUGAGAGAUACAAUCAUUUCAUUUAUGAUGGUCAAGGUGGAGUGUUAUAUCUCAAAGAUAGACAGGCAAAUCUCUCUGCUCCUAGCAAGGAGAAAAUGAUUUAUGUGGCAAAUGGGAAAAGACUUCAAUUCAAAAAUGUCCUUGUUAAGGACGGAAGGUACUUGGAUUCUUGCAUUUACCUAGGCACCAACAGUAGUUACACAGCUUUGAAGGAUGAUGACGUUUACUUAGAAGAAAUUGAUGGGGCUUCUUGUGGACCAUAUUCAAAGGAAGAUCUUAAUCAGGAACUUCCUCCAAACAAUGCUGUUGUAAGAUCCACGGAAUUCACCGUUGAGUUGCAGGCUAUUGGUCCAGAGCUUACCUUCUACAGUGCUUCGAAGGAAGUGGCCGAGUCACGAUCACUGAUAUUGUCUAACAAGCUUCUGCAUGCCCAAUUGGAUGUAUUGUGCAGGCUUGUUAUGAAGAAUGACACCAUUGAAAUGAGUGCAAAUGCAUUAGGUUUAACUAUGGAGAGCAACGGGAUCAGAAUAUUGGAGCCGUUUGAUACCACUUUGAAUUACUCAAAUGCUUCUGGGAAGACUAACAUUCAAUUAUCUGUUUCCGAUGUAUUUAUGAAUUUUUCCUUCAGUAUCUUGAAGCUCUUCUUAGCUGUUGAAGACGACAUAUUGGCCUUUCUGAGAAUGACAUCGAAGAAAAUAACUGUUGUCUGCUCUCAGUUUGACAAAGUGGGGACUGUAAGAAAUCCUCAGAACAGCCAAGUGUACGCUUUCUGGAGGCCUCGUGCACCACCUGGUUUUGCUGUUCUUGGGGACUAUCUGACCCCAACGGAAAAACCACCUACCAAAGGAGUUAUAGCUAUUAAUACCAACUUUGCACGAGUUAAAAAUCCUCUCUCUUUUAGACUUGUUUGGCCAACUUUGAGUGCUGGAGUCAGUUCUGAACAACGGUCAAACGGUAAUGAGGGGUCACUGAGGAGUAUUCUUGACGAGGGAGACACAAGCUGUUGUGUCUGGUUUCCUGAAGCGCCUAAAGGUUAUGUUGCCCUUGGCUGUGUGGUUUCACAAGGAAGCAAACGGCCCCCACUAUCUUCUGUCUCUUGCAUCCUGGCUUCUUUACUCACUCCUUGUCCAUUGAGGGAUUGCAUUACUAUAGGAUCUGACAAUCUAUGCUCUACUUUAGCAUUCUGGCGUGUGGAAAACGCAGCUGGUACCUUCUUGCCGGCAGAUCCUACUACUGGCCUCUUGAAUGUAGCAUAUGAAUUGCGUCAUUUAAUGUUUCCCAUUCUUGAUUCACCCAAGGCCUAUGAAAGUCCUAAUACCCAAGCUUCUUCUAGCCAUAGGGAUACUCCACAGCCACAAAGAUCAAUAGGUGCAAGCUCUUGCCGCCGAUUUGAGGAAAUUUCCGAUUUUGUGUGGGUAUGGUGGAAUCGUGGCUCAAAUUCAGGAAGGAGACUAUCACUAUGGCGUCCGGUUGUUCCACAGGGAAUGGUUUACUUCGGAGACAUUGCUGUGCAAGGAUAUGAGCCUCCAAGCACCUGCACUGUUGUCCAUGAUACUGGAGGUGAAGAGCUUUUCAUAGCCCCUUUAGAUUUCCAACUGGUGGGUCAGAUCAAGAAACAAAAAGGUGUGGAGGGUAUCUCCUUUUGGAUGCCUCAAGCUCCUCCGGGCUAUGUUUCCUUAGGCUGUGUUGCCUCCAAGAGCAUACCAAAGCAACAUGAUUUCAGUGCUUUGAGAUGCAUUCGCAGUGAUAUGGUCAGUGGAGAUCAAUUUUCAGAAGAAAGUUUGUGGGAUACAUCUGGUACCAAAAUUAAGACAGAACCGUUCAGCAUUUGGGCAAUUGGUAAUGAAUUGGGAACCUUUAUUGUACGUAGUGGUUUCAAGAAGCCUCCACAAAGAUUUGCCUUGAAGCUGGCGGAUUUGACGAACGGUUUAGAUGAUACUGUCAUUGAUGCGGAAAUCAAAACUUUCUCUGCAGCACUCUUUGAUGAUUAUGGUGGGCUGAUGGUUCCCCUGUUUAACGUAUCUUUAAGUGGAUUAGGAUUCAGUCUACAUGGAAGAGAAAAGUGUAUAAAUUCCACUGCCAGCUUCUCCUUGAAUGUUAGAUCAUACAAUGAUAAAUAUGAAGCGUGGGAGCCACUGGUUGAGCCUGUUGACGGGUUCCUAAGAUAUCAAUACGAUCUGAAUGCCCCUGGUGCAGCUUCUCAAUUGCGUAUUACUUCUAGAAGAGAUUUGAAUCUAAAUGUCUCUGUAUCCAAUGCCAAUAUGAUCAUUCAAGCUUAUGCAAGCUGGAGCAAUCUGAGCCAUGUUCAUAAAUCCAGUCAAGAAAUAAAGCAGCAGAAAGAAGAAGCAGGUUCUUCAACUUUUGGGGGAGGAUCCAUUAUAGGUGUUCAUCACAAGAGAGAUUUCUUCAUCAUCCCACGGAAUAAACUUGGCGAGGAUAUUUUUAUUCGCGCUACAGAAAUCAGGGGACUUCACAAUAUUAUUAGGAUGCCAUCUGGGGUUAUGAAGCCACUCAAAGUUCCUGUAUUGAAGAAUAUGUUAGAUUCUCAUAUGAAGGGAAAACUUGGAGGAAAAGUCAGAGCCAUGGUGACUGUACUGGUGGCAGAUGCGCAGAUUUUAAGAGUAGAAGGAUCAACUUCCAAACAGUAUGCAGUGACAAUUCGCCUUAUACAAGACCAAAGCAUCUCUAGUGAAUCGUUGCUCAAGCAGCAAACUGCACGCACACGCGGAAUUCAUUCAGAACACUCCUCGUCUUCCGAGCAGGAGCUGGUCAAUUGGGGUGAAAUGUUCUUUUUCAAAGUCGAUUCCGCUGACCACUACAAGGUGGAACUAAUUGUCAUUGACACAGGAAACGGUAAUCCUGUUGGAUUCUCUUCAUUUCCUUUAAAGCAGGUGGCAGAAAAUAUCCCUGACAGCUUAAGCACAUCAGCUUAUUUCAAUAAAUUAUCCUGGAUGGAUCUGUUCUCUGCACAAUCGAUGAACACUGUUGAAGAAACAGAAGGUCAGAAACUGUGUGGAAGAAUAAGGUGUGGCAUACUCUUGUCACCUGAAUAUGAGGUGGAGAAUCAGGAGAAUUCCUGUAUGUCUGGCGAAAGAUCUGGAUUUAUCCAAAUCAGUCCUUCAAGGGAAGGUCCAUGGACUACUGUCAGGCUAAAUUAUGCAGCACCUGCUGCUUGUUGGCGUUUAGGCAGUGAUGUAAUUGCAAGUGAAGUAAUUGUUAAGGAUGGUGACAGAUAUGUAGAUAUAAGGUCACUUGUCACUGUACAGAACAGUACAGAUAUCACACUUGAUUUAUGCCUCAAGUCCAAAGCUUCAGAGGAUAGAACACUUCAUGAUGCUAGUAGGAUUGAAGAGCAGCAAUUUGAAGAUGAUAAAACUGAAAAGGACGAGUUCUUUCAAACAGAGGAGUACAAACCAAGCUCUGGCUGGGUUAGCUGCUCGUUUCAACCUAAGAAACAGGAGCUAGAUGGAAGCCCCUGGAAUGAGAAAUCAAUCUCUGAGUCACCACCAGGUUGGAGUUGGAUCGACAAUUGGCAUUUGGACAAGACAUCAGUAACUACUGCUGAUGGUUGGGUUUAUGCCCCAGAUGUUGAAAGUUUGAAAUGGCCAGAGUCAUGCGAUUCUCUUAAAUCUGUCAAUUAUGCUAGGCAAAGAAAAUGGGUCAGAAACAGAAAGAAAAUUUCAGGUCAUCAGAAACUGGAGAUCUCUCUUGGACGAUUGAGUCCUGGAGACACUGUGCCUCUCCCUCUCUCAGGAUUACAGUCUGACUAUGUGCUGCAAUUAAGGCCUUUCAGAAUACAUGAUUCCAAUGAAUAUUCCUGGAGUUCUGUGGUGAAUAAAGUAGAGGAUUCUGGUGAACCAAAAGGAAUUUCUGAAAUAUGUGUUUCGGCCCUGGCUGAAUCCAAUGAACUGUUGUGCUGCACCCCGCUAAAUGGAACUUCUUCCAAUGGAUCCCAAAAACUUUGGUUCUGUGUAAGCAUACAAGCAACGGAAGUUGCCAAAGACAUUCAUUCGGAUCCGAUUCAGGAUUGGAAAAUUGUGAUCAAAGCUCCGUUGUCACUAAGUAAUUUUCUUCCUUUUGCUGCGGAGUUCACUGUUCUUGAAAUGCAAGCAGGUGACCAUUUCUCUGCCUGCGCAAGACGGGCACUUUGUCCUGGUGCACCUGUAAAUGUAUACCAUGCGGACAUAAGAAACCCAUUGUUCCUUUCAUUGCUGCCGCCAAGAGGAUGGUUAUCAGUGCAUGAAACUAUUCUUCUUUCUCAUCCACAUGGAGUUCCAGCAAAUACAUUGAGCUUAAGAAGUGAUAUUAGCGGCAGGGUUGUGCAAAUCAUUCUCGAUCAAAAUUAUGAAAGAGAACAGCCUAUGCUGUCAAAAGUGAUUAGAGUGUAUGCUCCUUACUGGUUUGAAAUCGCCAGAUGUCCGCCUUUGACAUUGCGAUUGAUAGACAUGGGAGGGAAGAAAUCUACCAGGAAAUUUGCUCUUCCUUUUCAUUCUAAGAAGAGCAAUGCAAAAAUUGUUGAGGAAAUAGCUGAAGAGGAAAUUUAUGAUGGACACACUAUUGCCUCUGCUUUAAAUUUCAACAUCUUGGGCCUAUCAGUGUCUUCUUCUGGUGAAGCGCACUUUGGACCUGUGAAAGACCUUUCUUUGCUCGGGGACGUGGAUGGAUCACUGGAUAUUAACGCCUAUGAUGCUGAUGGAAAGUGUGUGAAGCUUUUUGUUUCUACAAAACCAUGCCCCUAUCAGUCUAUUCCAACAAAGGUCAUCUGCAUCCGACCAUUUAUUACUUUCACAAACAGACUUGGUCAGGAUAUCCUGCUUAAGUUAAGCUGCAGAGAUGAAGCAAAGGUUCUUCGUUUGUGUGAUUCUCGAGUCUCCUUCCCUUAUCGUGAUGACAAUGGACCUAAUAAACUCCAGGUUCGACUAGGAGAUACUGAGUGGUCAUAUCCAAUUCAAAUCACAAAAGAAGAUACCAUUUCAUUGGUUCUGAGGACACAAGCUGGCAUUCGAAAGUUUUUGAGAACAGAAAUACGGGGCUACGAGGAGGGAUCACGGUUUAUUGUUGUAUUCCGCCUUGGAUCGGCAUUUGGUCCAAUCAGGAUGGAGAACAGGAUAGGAAACAAAAAAAUCAGCAUCCGCCAGGCUGGAUUUGAUGAUAAUUAUUGGAUUCAGAUGGAACCUUUCUCCACAACAAAUUUCUCUUGGGAAGAUCCAUACGGCCAGAAAUUUAUUGAAGCUAAAGUGGACGAAGAUAGCAGUGGAGUUUGGAAAUUCGAUUUGGAGGAGUCUGGCCUUCACUUGGUAGAGCAAGGGGAACUGAAGAUUAAAUUCCAUGUUUUUGAGAUGGUUGAUGUCAAAGUUGGGAGGUUUAUAGAUGACAAAACAUCAAAUCUAGAUGAAGAUGUGCUUGUAACAUCUACAGGAAAUCAAGGGAGUACUCAGUUGCCAGCAAAAGUGCAGAAUGAAGUGACUCCUCUGGAGCUUAUAGUGGAAUUGGGAGUUCUUGGAGUUUCUCUUAUAGACCACAGGCCAAAAGAGUUGUCAUACUUGUACUUGGAGAGGGUCUUCAUAUCUUAUUCAACUAGCUAUGACGGGGGGGCAACAACCAGAUUCAAGCUCAUUCUGGGGUACUUGCAGAUUGACAACCAGCUCCCUUUAACUCUCAUGCCUGUGUUGUUAGCUCCGGAGCAGGCCACCGACUUGCAUCAUCCAGUAUUCAAAAUAACUGUCACGGUUUGCAAUGAAAACCCUGAUGGCGUUGUGGUCUAUCCAUGCGUAUACAUACGGGUGACGGAUAAGUGGUGGAGGCUCGAUAUUCAUGAACCUAUUAUUUGGGCUGUGGUGGAUCUGUACCGUAACAUCCAGAUGGACCGUUUGCCCCAAACUUCUAGUGUCACACAAGUUGAUCCUGAGAUACGAGUCAAUUUAAUAGAUAUUUCGGAGGUCAGACUGAAGGUGUCACUAGAUACUGCACCUGCCCAGAGACCUCAUGGUGUUCUAGGGGUCUGGAGCCCCGUACUGUCUGCUGUUGGAAAUGCAUUUAAAAUACAGUUGCAUCUGAGGAGAGUUAUGCACAAAGACAGAUUCAUGCGCAAGAGCUCUAUCCUUCCUGCUAUUGGAAAUCGUAUAAUGAGGGACUUGAUACAUAAUCCUCUACAUUUGUUGUUUUCAGUAGAUGUACUUGGGAUGGCAAGUUCAACAUUGGCUUCUCUUAGUAGAGGAUUUGCCGAGCUUUCAACUGAUGGUCAGUUUCUGCAAUUACGUUCAAAGCAGGUACGAUCAAGGAGAAUCACUGGGGUGAGUGAUGGAAUUCUUCAGGGAACAGAAGCCCUAGCGCAAGGUGUUGCUUUUGGGGUGUCUGGUGUGGUGACAAAGCCUAUGGAGAGUGCGAAGCAGAAUGGUCUUCUAGGACUUGCUCAUGGGGUUGGACGUGCUUUUGUUGGGAUUGUUGUUCAACCAGUCAGUGGAGCAUUGGACUUUUUCUCAAUGACUGUUGAUGGAAUAGGUGCAAGCUGUUCCAAAUGCUUGGAAGUUCUAAAUAGGAAGACUAGCCUCAACAGAAUCCGAAAUCCUCGAGCUAUCCGCAGUGAUGGCGUUGUGAGAGAUUAUUGUGAGAGAGAGGCACUUGGUCAGAUGAUACUCUACCUUGCAGAAGCUAGUAGGCGCUUUGGAUGCACUGAAAUUUUUAAGGAACCAUCUAAAUUUGCCUCGUCAGAUUAUUAUGAAGAACAUUUUGUUGUGCCCUACCAAAGGAUUGUUUUGGUGACCAACAAGAGGGUCAUGCUGCUUCAGUGCCCAGAUCUUGAUAACAUGGAUAAGAGACCUUGCAAGAUCAUGUGGGAUGUGCCCUGGCAGGAGCUGAUGGCACUGGAGUUGGCAAAAGCAGGAUGUCACCAGCCCUCCCACUUAAUUCUUCAUCUUAAAAAUUUUAGAAGAUCCGAAAAUUUUGUCAGAGUUAUUAAAUGCGCUACUGAGGUGGAAACUGAGGGAACUGUACCUCAAGCAGUCAUAAUCUGUUCAGUUGUUCGGAAAAUGUGGAAAGCAUAUCAGUCUGACAUGAAAUGCCUUGUUCUGAAGGUUCCUUCAAGCCAGAGACAUGUGUCUUUCGCUUGGAGUGAAGCUGAUGGGAGAGAGACACGUAACCUGAGCAAGGCCAUUGUAAGAUUGAGAGAGUUCUCCUCUUCCAACUCUGCGUCAGAUGAUAGGAAAUUUGUUACACAUAGCAUCAAUUUCACAAAGAUCUGGAGCAGCAAACGGGAAACAAAGGGUCGUUGCACUCUGUGCAGGAAGCAGAGUUCAGACCAUUCUGGAAUCUGUAGCAUUUGGAGACCCAUUUGUCCAGAUGGGUAUGUUUCUAUUGGCGAUAUAGCUCGAGUUGGUAGCCACGCUCCAAAUUGUGCUGCUGUUUACAGUAAUAGCGACAGACUUUUUGCCCUUCCAAUAGGCUAUGACCUGGUAUGGAGAAACUGUUUAGAUGACUACACAACCCCCGUCUCGAUUUGGCAUCCUCGAGCACCGGAGGGAUUUGUUUCUCUUGGAUGUGUUGCCGUAGCCGAUUUCACAGAACCGCAACCAGACUUAGUCUAUUGUGUGGCAGAAUCGCUCGCUGAGCAGACAGAAUUUGAAGAGCAAAAGAUAUGGACUGAGCCAGAUUCAUAUCCUUGGGCGUGUCACAUAUAUCAAAUCAAAAGCGGCGCUCUCCACUUUGUGGCAUUGAGACAAACCAAGGAGGAAUCUGACUGGAAGCCUAUGCGGGUUCACGACGAACCAGCGGUUCAAAUGCAUUCAUGACAAGCUCUAGAUUUCCUGGAAGGCCCAUUAGUCGUCGAGGAAACUGGAAGGUCUUAUGGUCUUGUUACGACCAUUGCCAGCAACUCACAGACCAUAUGGUUUUUGACCAGAACACACAUUGGUUCGUCCCGUGACACUUGUUACUUCGUGAUAUCAA